CGAGGACAACCACUGCUUGCAGUUUCCACACUACGAAUUACGAAUUACGGCAAAAUGACUCACCUUCAUCUUCUUCAUCUUCGUCUUCUUCAACCUUCUCGCGCUACGAUCUCCAUCGCCGGAAAGAUCACUACUCUCCCAUCGCCGCCCCGCUGGAGCAGACCGCCGUGCUGCAGGAUGUCGAGCGGCUCGGACCCAUCUCCGCCCCUCUCCCACACCCUCACUCUGCCCGUCCAGCCCGCCGAGCCCGUCCACGUCGUCGCCGCCACCGGAGUCUCCGAUUCCCAGUUCAGGAGCGCCAUCGAUUCCUCUCUGUUCAAGCAGUGGCUCAAGAACUUGCAAAGCGAAACCGGGAUUUUGUCCAGUGGUGCUGGGACGCUGAAACGGGUGCUUAUACAGGGCGUGGAUAUGUUUGGAAGCCGCAUUGGCUUUCUCAAAUUCAAGGCAGAUAUUUUUGACAAGGAAACUGGGAAAAAGGUGCCAGGUAUAGUAUUUGCUCGAGGACCAGCUGUAGCCGUGCUGAUAUUGUUGGAUUCGGAUGGAGUAACUUAUGCUGUUCUUACUGAGCAGGCUAGAGUUCCCAUGGGGAGGUUUGUUUUGGAAUUGCCUGCUGGAAUGUUGGAUGAUGACAAAGGCGAUUUUGUUGGCACAGCGGUUCGCGAGGUCGAAGAGGAGACAGGCAUCCAGCUGAAUCUGAAAGACAUGGUUGACCUGACAGCUUUUCUCAAUCCAUCUACUGGAUGCAGGGUGAUUCCUUCUCCGGGAGGUUGUGAUGAAGAACUAGGCAUCUUCCUAUUCAGAGGGAAUGUGGACUCAGCGAUCAUCAAGCAGCUGCAAGGCAAGGAAACUGGUCUGCAAGAUCAUGGUGAGCUUAUUAAGGUUCGUGUCAUACCUUAUGAGAAACUGUGGCGCGCAACCGGUGAUGCGAAGGUUCUAAUGGCGAUUGGGCUCUACGAAAUGGCCAAGCGAGAGGGUCUCCUUCCUUUGAUAAAUCAACCUGCUACUUCAGCGAGACAAUGAAGCUUCAAUGAAGCUUCUCUCUUAUAUCAUGAAAAGACCUUUCGAGGUUUAUGACUGCGACCUACCUCGAGUGGAACAAUGUUCUUUUUCAAUACUGUCCCGCCCAACUAUUUUUCAGGGAUCUUGAUUCUAAUGGUCAUGAUUCAAAUCUUUACUGUUUUUUGCACCGAAGGGGGAAAUGAAAGAGACCAUAUACCGUCACAAAAUUGAUGACAUUAGUUAAUGUACUCAUGAAGUGAUUCUUCUCGUUACGAGAAUUUUGUUUUGAUUA